CAUGCACGUAAUACCUCUCCGCUAUUGCUCUUUGCUCUCGCUACUCCACCUUCAACGCCUACACUGCCAUCGGCCCUUCUUGUAUAAACAGGGCUCUACUCUUUGCAUCAAACCCAGGUUCUUUUUUCUCUAUUAUUUUCUUGUAUUGCAUCGAUUUGUAUCUUGGGUUGGUAAUAAAGAUACAAUUACUCUGUAUUGGUAUGACAAAAAUCACCGCCAUAUGAAUGCGUACGAGUGGGAAACUGGGAAUUUAUUAUCCGGGAAGCUCAAAGGGUUUGGGACAGCAGGGAGGAUGAUGGGGGAUUUUCGGGUACUAAUAGACAAUUAUUUGUUUCAUUUGAGUGGUAAAUUGUUUUGUUUGGUUUGGAAUGAAGAGCUUAGUAGUAUUGUACAUUGCUCCAAAUUUGUAGUUGAUGAAUCAUGCUAUUCCCAUGACAAUUGCAAUGGGUCUCUUUGUGCUUGGUUUCUCUCUUCUCAAUAUUAUUAUCUUGGUCCCAACACAACUCUUUAUGAUGCUGCAAUUAUGAAUAAAAAGUCUCUAUUUGAUUCUGCUGGAAAGGUGUGACCACAUCAAGAAAAUAGCUCGUGUGGAACUCCUUAACUGUGUUGGUAGGGAAGCUGAGAAGACCAUGGUAAGUAAAGCAAAAUUACCAUGUUUGUGUAAGGUUGAGUUGUUAGUUAUUCCUUUGUGCUCUAGCUUGUAAUUGAUCUAUCUGCGCAACCCCCAAAACAAGAAAAAACUUAUUUCUGUACAUUA